CCAAACAUACAUGAAGUAAUGAAUCCAAAUAGACAUCGGAAAGAAAAGAGAACUACUCCUGCUAACACCUUUAAUUCUAGUGAAUACUUGACAAUGAAGGGCAAGAGUGACUUCCAGCUUUCCUCUGAGCUAUCUGAGGAGGAAGACAAUAUGUAUGAGACUGUAAAUUCUUCAGUGCUGGAGGCCAUUCAUUCUUUGAGAAUCCUUCCUGCCAAACCUCUACAAGAAUCUGAAUAUGCAGAUACACGGUGCUUAAGGCCUUCAGGUACCACUUCCCCAACAAGUGAGAACCCAUAUCAGCCCCCUCAACACUCAGCUAUUCACACAUUUGAUCCGGAGGGGAGAACAGUGCCAAAUGUAAGAGGAGGAAGAAUGAAACCACAUGGAUACCAGGAGCCAACACCUCCCCCACGGCCUCUGAAGAUGCUGCCAAAGCAGUAUCAGCCCCUUCCUCCAGAGCCAAGAAUAAGCAGCCAGGUCUUACACAAGAGGAACACGCUCAGCCGAGAUCCCACCUUUCCAAUAUCAGCAGAAGUCACAAGACAUUCUUGUGUUAGGAAAUCAAAUACAGCACCUGGAAGACAGCAAGUUACAAGUUUGGGAAAGAAACCUGAAGUACCUUUUCAAGCACAACAUCAUUCUCCUGAAGCCAGCCCUCAAUGUACAUGGAGCUCUAAAAACAUUUGCAGAUCAGGUUCCACAUUAAGUGUAGAUAAUUUGACAGUGAAGAAGCCACCACCUCCUACAUCAUAUGCAGCAUGCAAAAACAAAUCAAAACAUUUGCUUGCAGAACAGAAAAUGCAAUCUCUUACCAAAUCCACUGAAAAGGAUUUAAACAAAUGUGAGUGGUAUGUUGGAGAAUAUGAUCGCCAUAAAGCAGAGAAGAUCCUGUUACAGAAAAACACUGAUGAGACAUUCUUGGUUAGAGAUUGUUCAAAGAAGUCAAAGGCUGAACCAUACGUGUUGGUUGUUUAUUAUGGAAGAAGAGUAUACAACAUUAAAGUACGAUUCCUGGAAGAAAGCCAACAAUACGCCUUGGGAACAGGGCUCAGAGGAGACUGUAAAUUUAAUUCCGUGGAAGAGAUCAUUGACUUCUACAGAUCCGUUCCCAUAACACUCAUUGACGGAAGGGAUCAGUCAGGAAACCACAGAGAACAAUGCUACCUCACACAUCCAUUCAAGGCAUGCUGA